AAGGGUACUUUCCCCUCCACUGAUGCUUCUCUUUUUAGGUCAUGUGUCUUCAAGAGAAGGAAAGGCUUCUCCACUCCUAAGUUGUCCGCCAGCUCUGCUGACAUUUUUCAGUGGUUCCUUUUAGAUAUGACCAUACCUACAGAGGCUUCUGGUCCUUGGGGAAUGGUGAGUCUAGCUGCCCCGGGGGCUCCUCAAUCCUCAGUCACAUGUCUAUCCACUGGGAUAAUGUAAAUAAACAUCUGAGCAAGGUUAAUGAGUAAACUGUUAGGAUGAAAGGUCAGGAGACCUGCUUUUAUUAGGAACAUCAGAACAUCAGAAUGGGAGAUAACACAUCACUGCUCGCAGUCCACCUUCUCUGAGGAAAAGAAUAAAUAAAAAACAAAGAGUCACAGAAGAGUGUUCAUUCCAGAAGUGCUCCAGGAAUCAUGCUGGAGAAGUUCUGCAACUCUACAUUUUGGAAUUCUUCACUCUUGGAUAGCCCAGAAGCAGACCUGCCACUUUGUUUUGAGCAAACUGUUCUGGUGUGGAUUCCCUUGGGUUUCCUUUGGCUCCUGGCCCCUUGGCAGCUUCUUCAUGUGUAUAGAUCCAAAAUCAAGAAAUCUCCUAUAACCAAACUCUACCUUGCUAAGCAGGUGCUUGUUGGGUUUCUUCUUAUUCUAGCAGCCAUAGAGCUGGCCCUUGUACUCACAGAAGACUCUGGACAAGUCACGGUUCCUGCCAUUAGAUACACCAAUCCAAGCCUUUACCUGGGCACAUGGCUCCUGGUUUUGCUGAUCCAACACAGCAGACGAUGGUGCAUGCAGAAGGAUUCUUGGUUCCUGUCCCUGUUCUGGAUUCUCUCAAUACUCUGUGGCGUUUUCCAGUUUCAGACUCUGAUCCGGAUACUCUUGAAGGGCAACAAUUCUAACCUGGCCUAUUCCUGCCUGUUCUUCGUCAGCUAUGCACUGCAGAUCCUGGUCCUGAUCCUUUCAGGAUUUUCAGAAAAAGAUGCCUCCUCAAAUAAUCCAUCAUUCACAGCCUCGUUUCUGAGUAACAUUACGUUUAGCUGGUAUGACAGCACUGUUAUGAAAGGCUACAAGCAACCUCUGACUCUUGAAGAUGUCUGGGAUGUCGAUGAAGAGAUUAAAACCAAAGCACUGGUCAGCACGUUUGAAAAACAUAUGGUAGGAGAGCUGCAGAAGGCCAGGAAGGCGCUCCAGAGACGGCAGCAGAGAAAGGCCCAGCGAAACGCUGGAGAUGGGCCACAUGGCUUGAACAAGAAUCAGAGUCAAAGCCAAGAUAUCCUUGUCCUGGAAGAAGUUAAAAAGAAAAAAAAGUCUGGGACCACCAAAAACUUUCCCAAAUCCUGGUUGGUCAAGACUCUCUUCAAAACUUUCUACAUCGUUCUCUUGAAAUCAUUCUUCCUGAAGCUGGUGUAUGACCUCCUCAUGUUUCUGAAUCCUCAGCUGCUGAAAUUGCUGAUCUCCUUCGCUAAUGACCGGGACACGUAUAUAUGGACCGGCUAUCUCUACUCGGUCCUCUUCUUUGUUGUGGCCCUCAUCCAGUCUCUCUGCCUUCAGUGCUACUUUCAGAUGUGCUUCACACUGGGCAUCACUGUACGGACAACCAUCAUGGCGUCCAUAUAUAAGAAGGCGCUGACCCUAUCCAACCAGGCCAGGAAGCAGUACACCAUUGGAGAAACAGUGAACCUGAUGUCUGUGGAUGCCCAGAAGCUCAUGGAUGUGACCAGCUACCUUCAUCUGCUGUGGUCAAAUAUUCUCCAGAUUACUUUGUCUAUCUACUUCCUAUGGGCAGAGCUGGGACCCUCUGUCUUAGCAGGUGUUGGGGUGAUGGUACUCCUAAUUCCAGUUAAUGGGAUACUUGCUGCCAAGAGUAGAGCUGUUCAGGUAAAAAAUAUGAAGAAUAAAGACAAACGGUUAAAGAUCAUGAAUGAAAUUCUCAGUGGGAUCAAGAUCCUGAAAUAUUUUGCCUGGGAACCUUCAUUCAAAAACCAAGUUCAUGAACUUCGGAAGAAAGAGCUCAAGAACCUGCUGACCUUUGCGCGGAUGCAGUCUGUAAUGGCGUUUCUCUUACACUUAACUCCUGUCCUGGUGUCUGUGAUCACAUUUUCAGUCUACACUCUGGUGGACAGCAAUAAUAUUUUGGAUGCAGAAAAGGCCUUCACGUCCAUCACCCUCUUCAACAUGCUGCGCUUUCCCCUCAGCAUGUUUCCCAUGGUGAUCUCCACCGUUCUCCAGGCCAGUGUUUCCAGAGACCGGCUAGAACAGUACUUGGGAGGGGACGACUUGGACACAUCCGCCAUUCGACAUGACCGCAAUUCUGACAAAGCUGUACAGUUUUCGGAGGCCUUCUUUACCUGGGACCUGGACUCGGAAGCCACAAUCCAAGAUGUGAACCUGGACAUUAUGCCAGGCCAGCUGGUGGCUGUGGUGGGCACUGUGGGCUCUGGGAAGUCCUCCUUGAUGUCAGCCAUGCUGGGAGAAAUGGAAAACGUCCACGGGCACGUCACCAUCAAGGGCACCAUAGCCUAUGUCCCACAGCAAUCCUGGAUCCAGAAUGGCACCAUAAAGGACAACAUCCUUUUUGGAUCCGAGUUAGAUGAAAAGAGAUACCAGCAGAUUCUGGAGGCCUGUGCCCUCCUCCAAGACUUGGAAGUGCUGCCUGGAGGAGACCUGGCCGAGAUUGGAGAGAAGGGUAUAAAUCUCAGCGGGGGUCAGAAGCAGCGGAUUAGCCUGGCCAGAGCUACCUAUCAGAACUCAGACAUCUAUGUCCUGGAUGACCCCCUGUCGGCUGUGGAUGCUCAUGUGGGAAGACAUAUUUUCAAUAAGGUCUUGGGGCCCAAUGGCCUACUGAAAGGCAAGACUCGACUCUUGGUUACGCAUAGCAUUCACUUUCUUCCCCAAGUGGACGAGAUCGUGGUUCUGGGGAAUGGCACCAUCUUGGAGAAGGGAUCUUACAGCACUCUGCUGGCCAAGAAAGGACCAUUUGCUAAGAUUCUGAAGACAUUCACAAAACAGACGGGUCCUGAGGAAGAGGCCACAGUCAAUGAGGACACUGAAGAGGAAGAUGACUGUGGGCUGAUGCCCAGUGUGGAGGAAAUCCCUGAAGAUGUGGCCGCCUUAACCAUGAAAAGAGAGAACAGCUUUCAUCGAGCACUUAGUCGCAGGUCCAACAGCAGGCAUCGGAAAUCCCUAAGAAACUCUUUGAAAACUCGGAAUGUGAAAACCGUGAAGGAGAAGGAGGAACUAGUGAAAGGACAAAAACUAAUUAAGAAGGAAUUCAUAGAAACUGGAAAGGUGAAAUUCUCCAUCUACCUGAAGUACCUACGAGCAAUAGGAUGGUGUUCAAUAUUCUUCAUCGUCUUUGCCUAUGUGAUCAAUUCCGUGGCUUAUAUUGGAUCCAACCUCUGGCUCAGUGCUUGGACCAAUGACUCUAAAACCUAUAAUGGCAGUAACUAUCCAGCGUCUCAGAGGGACCUGAGAAUUGGUGUCUAUGGAGCUCUGGGAUUAGCACAAGGUGCGUUUGUGCUCAUGGCAAGUCUCUGGAGUGCCUAUGGUACCACGUACGCAUCAAACAUUCUUCAUAGGCAACUGCUAAGCAAUAUCCUUCAAGCACCCAUGAGUUUUUUUGACACAACACCCACAGGCCGGAUUGUGAACAGGUUUGCUGGUGAUAUUUCCACAGUGGAUGACACCCUUCCCUUAUCCUUGCGCAGCUGGAUGUUGUGUUUUCUGGGAAUAAUCAGCACCCUUGUCAUGAUUUGCACGGCCACUCCAAUCUUCGUUGUCGUCAUCAUUCCUCUUGGCAUCAUUUAUGUGUCUGUUCAGAUAUUUUAUGUGGCUACUGCCCGCCAGCUGAAACGUCUGGACUCUGUCACCAGGUCCCCGAUCUACUCUCACUUCAGUGAGACUGUGUCAGGUUUGUCUGUCAUCCGUGCCUUUGAGCACCAGCAGCGAUUUCUGAAACACAAUGAAGUGGGGAUUGACACCAACCAGAAAUGUGUCUUCUCCUGGAUUGUCUCCAACAGGUGGCUUGCAGUUCGUCUGGAGCUGAUUGGGAACCUGAUUGUCUUCUUUUCAUCACUGAUGAUGGUUAUUUAUAGAGAUACCCUAAGUGGAGACACUGUGGGCUUUGUUCUGUCCAACGCGCUUAAUAUCACACAGACCCUGAACUGGCUAGUGAGGAUGACGUCAGAAAUAGAGACCAACAUUGUGGCUGUUGAAAGAAUAAAUGAGUACAUAAAAGUGGAGAACGAGGCACCCUGGGUAACUGAUAAGAGACCUCCCGCAGGUUGGCCCAGCAAAGGGGAGAUCCAUUUUAACAACUACCAAGUGCGGUACCGGCCGGAGCUGGAUCUUGUCCUGAGAGGGAUCACUUGUGACAUUAGGAGCAUGGAGAAGAUUGGUGUGGUUGGCAGGACAGGAGCUGGUAAGUCCUCCUUGACAAAUGCCCUCUUCAGAAUCCUGGAGGCUGCAGGUGGCCAGAUCAUCAUCGAUGGAGUAGAUAUUGCUUCCAUUGGGCUCCAUGACCUCCGGGAGAAACUGACAAUCAUCCCCCAGGAUCCCAUCCUGUUCUCUGGAACCCUGAGGAUGAACCUAGACCCUUUUAACAACCACUCAGAUGAGGAGAUUUGGAAGGCCCUGGAGCUGGCUCACCUCAAAUCCUUUGUGUCUGGCCUGCAACUUGGGUUGUCUCACGAAGUGACAGAAGCUGGUGACAACCUUAGCAUCGGGCAGAGGCAGCUGCUGUGCCUGGCCCGGGCUCUGCUUCGGAAAUCCAAGAUUCUGAUCAUGGACGAGGCCACUGCCGCCGUGGAUCUGGAGACCGAUCACCUCAUCCAGACGACCAUCCAGAAGGAGUUCUCCCACUGCACCACCAUCACCAUUGCUCACAGGCUGCACACCAUCAUGGACAGCGACAAGAUAAUGGUCCUAGACAAUGGGAAGAUUGUAGAGUAUGGCAGCCCUCAGGAACUGCUGAGAAGUUCGGGCCCCUUCUAUCUGAUGGCCAAAGAAGCUGGCAUUGAAAAUGUGAACAGCACAUCAUUCUGACAGUAGGUUCCAUGGGUUGGAAAGGACUAUAAGGAUCAUUCCUUUUUGUGAGAGAGAUUACACAGAAGUGUGUAAAAUGUACGCUUUAAAGAAGGAUAUUAUAUCCAGUUACAGUAGACCCCCCAACCCCUCUUCAAUGCCCCCACUCUGAUUAUACCGCCUUCCUACUUACCUUCCCAGAGAUGACGACCGUCCUGAAUUUUGUGAUAAUCCUAGCCUCUUGCUUUUUUACUGUAGUUUUACUACUUGGUAUGUACCCUUAAACGAGGUGUAUCUUUUUUAAUUUAUGUAAACGACCUAACUCCUACCUGACAUAUUCUGUGGCUUUUGUUCAGUAUUAUUCUUGAGAUGCGUCCACGUUGAUGCACAAAGUGAGGCUGGCUCCCUCCCUCCCUCCGCAGCAUGGCAAUGCGUGAACGCGCCACGGUGCAUCCAUUGUCAGGUCGCUCGUCGGGUUAUUUCUAGGUGUUCUUCUCCAUUAUGAACAACACUGCUAGGAACAUUCUGGUGUAUCACUCCUGAGAUAAACGUGUAAGAGUUUCUUUAGGAUAUAAUGUAGGAAUGGAGGUAUGCACUUGCAAUCACUAGGUAAUGCCAAUUUAAUACACUUCUUGUCAAUCUGAUGAGUAUGAACUGGCAUCUCGUUGAGGUUUUAAUUUAUGUUUCCGUGGGAACUACUGAGGUUUCCGC